AUGUAUUUAUUAAAGAAAAAAUCAGUGCUUACAUUUGCAUACUUAAAUUUAGGGUUUAUAUCAGGACUAUGUGUUGAUCCUUUGGUGAAAGUAUCUCAAGGAUUCCUUCAAGGGACUGUAUUGGAAACCAGAAAUGGAAGAAAUAUUUCCGCUUUCAUGGGAGUGCCCUAUGCUCUACCUCCAAUUGGGAAAUUAAGGAGAGAGUCACAGCCGUCUCUCGCCCUGUACUCUGUGAAACUGCGUGGACCAGCAGUUCCAGGAAUUGCAAAACCGGACGGACUGGCUUCUAUGACAUUAUUAAAAGUUACAUUAUGGGCUGCAUAUAGGGUCAACUGUACUUUAUUACCCAUAAUGGUACUGAUUCCUGGGGGAGGUUUUCAAAAGAGAAGCAGUAAUUAUUACGCUCCUCUCUACCUAAUGGACAAAAAUAUAGUUUUGGUCUCCUUAAAUUACCGUUUAGGAAUUCUUGGGUUCCUCUCUACAGGGGAUUCAGUCGCCACGGGAAAUUUCGGAUUGAAGGAUCAAGUUUUUGCACUUAAAUGGGUUCAGGAAAAUAUUCAAGUUUUUGGUGGAGAUCCAAAUCGAGUGAUAUUAUUUGGAAAAAGCGGAGGUGCAGCUUUUAUCACGUAUCAUCUACUUUCGAAUUCAUCUAACGGCUUGUUUCAUCAAUACAUUAGUCAAAGUGGAAGCGUAUUGGUUUCUUGGGGAUAUCGAGAUAGAAGCCUUCUUAAAAAAGAUGUAGAAUUCAUUGCCGGAAAAGUUGGAUGUCCAACAAACAAUUCUGAAGAUAUGGUAAAUUGCCUCCGAAAUGCAAGUUUUUGUAAAUUACUCAAUUUGACCACCUACAAUGCUUUGGAUUUACCUGAAAUAUUAUGGGUGCCGACAAAUGAAGUAGAAUCGGACGAUGCAUUUUUAACCGAUCAUCCACAGAAUUUAAUAUCCCAAAAUAAGAUAAAGGAUUAUCCUUUUAUGAGUGGUUCUGUUCAUGAUGAAGGAUUGAAACCAACGUCUGAACAUUUGGCUGUUACUGAUCUCUGGCAGCCUUAUCAACAAAGAAGAUUUCUUCAGAUUAGUAAUAAAAAUAGUGCUGAUACGUGUGUGACUCUUGAAGACGAUUAUUUCACUGAUCGCAUGAACUUCUAG